UUGAACAGCUAGAUACAAAACCGAAACAAUCAGACUACGAGAUUAUCAUAGGCGAGAAGUAGGAUUAUCAACAGAGAUAUACGAGAAUCAAGGAUAUCCAGUCCACAAAGGAAAAAACAAUAAAAAGAUUCGAAUUUUGGUAAGGCUGAAGUAAUUUACUGUGCCAAAAUGACAAUCACAUUACCUCGAGUUCCAAGACAUAGAGUGAUUAAAACGAGAGAUGAAAAGACAUACGAGGAAGAUUAUGAUGCUCGCAAGUUGAUUGCGUUCUUGAGUUCUCUUUGUAAUGAGUUACAAAUAUCAGAAUCAAUGGUGAACGACUCGGUGAAUCUAAUCACUGAAGGUCUUCCGGAUGAUUCUAUAACCGUUGAUACUUUACUUAAUUUGUUGAGUGAAUCCUUGGCUACGAGAGUUAUUAACCAUCCUGAUUUUGCAAUACUUGCUGGGAGAGUGGAAGCGGUUAGAACCAACUUGCAAUGUAAUAUUCCAUUUGCUGAAAAUAUCGUAAGAUUAUAUAAUUAUUACCAUCCCAAGACCGGCGAAAGAUUCCCCUUGGUAAGUAAAGAAGUGUUUGAUAUAGUCUCGGCCAACCCUGGUCUUUUCAAUGAGUUAAUAAAACCCCAUCGCGAUUUCAAUCUAACUUAUUUUGGAAUUAAAACAUUACAAAAAUCUUACUUGAUUCAUGCUAAUGGUAAAUUGGCUGAAACUCCUCAGUAUCUUUUUUUACGAGUCGCUAUUGGAAUUCAUUCUUUUGAUUUGAACUCGGUCAUAGAAACUUACGAAUUGAUGUCUCAAAAAUAUUUUAUUCAUGCUUCUCCAACUUUAUUUGGCGCUGGUACAGAUAAUAAUUAUCUUUCUUCUUGUUUCCUACUUUCAAUGCAAGACGACUCCAUUGAUGGAAUUUAUCGUACUUUGCACCAAUCUGCUUUGAUUUCAAAGGCCUCGGGUGGGAUCGGCUUACAUGUACAUAAUAUUAGAUCCUCUGGUUCUUUGAUCAAAAGUUCAAAUGGUACCUCGAGUGGAUUAGUCCCAAUGCUUAGAGUUUUCAAUAAUACUGCAAGAUACGUCGAUCAAGGUGGUAAUAAACGCCCCGGUGCGUUUGCAAUCUAUUUGGAACCUUGGCACAGUGAUGUUUUUGAUGUGAUUGACUUGAGGAAAAAUCACGGUAAAGAAGAAAUGAGAGCUCGUGAUCUUUUUUAUGGAUUAUGGAUUCCGGACUUGUUCAUGCAUAGAGUUAAAAAUAAUUUGAAUUGGUCCUUGUUUUCUCCAGAUGAAGCUCCUGGAUUAUCGGAUGUUACUGGUGACGAAUUUGUUAAACUUUAUGAAUCUUAUGAAACUCAAGGUAAAGCUUUCAAAACCGUUAAAGCUCAAAAAUUAUGGAAUGCAAUUUUAGAAUCCCAAACUGAAACUGGAUUACCCUAUAUGUUAUAUAAAGAUUCUUGUAAUUCAAAAUCAAAUCAACAAAAUUUGGGUACAAUUAAAUCCUCUAACUUGUGUACCGAGAUUAUCGAAUACUCUUCCCCUGAAGAAACAGCUGUUUGCAAUUUAGGUUCUUUAGCCUUACCUUCAUUCAUCAAAUUCAAUUCCUCUUCGGCCACUUGCUCUUUUGAUUUUGCAAAAUUAAGUGAUGUCGCAAAAAUUUUGACCAAAAAUUUAGACAAAGUCAUUGAUGUUACAAAAUAUCCAAUUGAAUCGGCUAAAAUUUCAAAUAAAAAACAUAGACCUAUUGCAAUUGGCGUUCAGGGAUUAGCUGACACUUUCUUUGAAUUGAGAUUACCCUUUGAAUCAAUCGAAGCAAAAGUACUCAAUAUUCAGAUUUUCGAAACAAUAUACCAUGCUGCAAUAGAAGCUUCAACCGAAUUGGCUAUCGAGUACGGUCCAUAUGAAACUUUUGCCGGCUCUCCAGCUUCUGAAGGUAAACUACAGUUUGACCUUUGGAAUCACAAACCCUCAGACUUGUUUAAUGAUUGGGAUGAGUUGAAAAAUCGCGUUGGAAAACAUGGCUUAAGAAACUCUUUAUUGGUUGCACCCAUGCCAACGGCAUCAACAUCCCAAAUUCUUGGUUUUAAUGAAUGCUUCGAGCCUUUAACUUCCAAUAUUUAUACUCGUCGCGUCUUAUCAGGUGAGUUCCAAAUUGUUAAUAAGUACUUAUUGAAAGACUUAAUUGACCUUGGGAUAUGGAAUGACUCGAUGAAAAACUCGAUCUUGAUCAAUCAAGGCUCUAUUCAAAAAAUUCCAGUAAUUCCAGAAAGUUUAAAAAAAUUAUAUAAAACCACCUGGGAAUUGAGUCAGCGUACCAUUAUAGAUUUAGCUGCUGAUAGGGGGAAAUUUAUUGAUCAACUGCAGAGUAUGAAUAUUCAUUUACAAAAUCCAACGUUUGGUAAAUUAACCAGCUGUCAUUUUUACGCUUGGGAAAAAGGCUUGAAAACUGGUAUGUAUUACCUUAGAACUCAAGCUGCUUCAAGAGCUAUCCAAUUCACUGUUGAUGCUUCAGAGGCAGAUAAAAUUAAUUAUUCAGCGAAAGUGGCUGACAUUUCUCUUUUGAAAAGAUAUGAUCUACCUUUAAAGAAAUCUAAACACCAUGAUGACGAAACCUACGACAUUUACGAUAAUACACCUAUUGCUUGUAAUAUUAAAGACCCCGAAAAUUGUGAUUCCUGCCUGGGGUGA